AUGUCCAUCUGGACCUCCCACCCUCCCAUCCAGCGUGAGACCCAAUCCUUACGCAUUCUCAAUGAGGCCCUCUUUUCCUGUCCACAGACGCAUUGUGCUGAGAACCUGCUCAAGGCUGACACCUAUCGCAAGUGGAAGGCUGCCCAGGCUGGGGAAAAGCAAGUCUCUGUCAUAUUACAAUUUGAAAAAGAGGAGCAGAUUCACAGCAUUGAUAUUGGCAAUGAAGGCUCUGCCUUUGUGGAAGUGUUGGCUGGUAGCUCUGCCUCUUCCAGUGAGCAGAAUUAUGAGGUGCUGUUGGUUACAUCCUCCUUCAUGUCUCCCUCAGAGAGCAAGAGUGGCACCAACUUGAACCGAGUCCGUAUGUUUGGGCCAGAUAAACUGGUGAAGGCUACAGCUGAGAAGAAGUGGGACCGAGUUAAGAUUGUUUGUACCCAGCCGUAUACCAAGUCUCUGGCUUAUGGCCUUUCCUUCGUGCGGUUCCAUUCUCCUCCAGACAGCAGUGAGACACAUUCCAAAGCGGUUUCACCGAAGGUCACCAAAUUGGGCCAGUUUAAGGUGAAGGAGGAUGAUAGCAACUCCAGCUCUCUGAAACCUGGUGCUCUCUUUUUCAGCCGUGCCAGCAAACCUCUGGUCUCCCCUCCUAAAGCAUCUCAGAAUGACCAGCCUUCGCCCAGUUAUGCUGCUGCCUCACUACAGACCAACAAAUCUCUUUCUCCUGACUCUUCACCAUCAACAGUGGAAAAGCCCACCACCAAAAUUCCACCCAAG